GGAAAAACUUGGUGAUCCAAAGCCUGUGCCUGCUUGCCAUGGCUUCCCUUCCCGCUUCUUCAAGCUUUGCUUCCCCGAACUCAGCUUUGUCUGCACCCUCUGCAGAUGAGCGUCUUCGCUUCGUUGAGUUCCUCAUCCACUCUGCUCAACAACUGGAAGUCGCUCCCAUUGUUAAAUACUCGGCAUUGUCAUUGCUUGUUGAUCGUUUCUUUCUUUCUUUGCCCAGUUUCAUGGAAGCUGGUAGCUCGAGAAGCUGGCUCUUGCAUCCCGUGACAGAGAGCAAUUUGCAGCUAUUUGGGCUGAUUUCUUUAUGGAUUUCAAGCAAAAUACAUGAUUCUUAUCCACUCUCUGUGAGAUGUUUGAAGUGCUUGGCUAACAAUAUCAUCAAGGAUCAACACUUUGCAACUCGAGAUUUCCUCGAAGCAGAGGUUCUCUUCAUGCAGGUGUUGAAUUUUGAGAUUGGCACAACAAAUAUUGCUUUUUUGUUCCUUGAAGAGCUUUGGAUGCAGAUCCAAAGAGUGGCCAAAGUUGGUGAUCUUAUCAACUUUGAAGCAUGCAUAGAAAUUAUGGAUCUUCUCUAUGAAAAGGAGGAGACAUCAUUUCUUUACAAGUCUCCUUGCUCUCUCGCGGCAUCAAUCUUGGUUGCGUCUUAUUUGAUCACUGUUCCAAAACAGAAAUCGGAAUUUCCACUUCUUCCAUGGGGUAAGAAAGUGAAAUUUGUAACUUCAUGUAGAGAAGAGGAGAUCAUAAAAAUUGUGAGGGACAUUCUCAAGCAUGUACUCCAUCCUUCCUCUGAUCUCCAAGGCGAUGGGUCACAACUCACAGUCGUGAGGCCUACUUAUUAAUCCCUGAUCACACAAACACAUUGUAAGCCCUAAACAUUCUUGGGGCAGACUUCUGCAACUGAGUUUGACGAAGAAGCUAAUAAAGCUUGUAUAACAACUAGGGUGUUUGUGAAUUCUCAGUAUUAUUUGUAAACAGUGGUAUUAACUAUGUAUUUACCUUAUCUUAACUCAGAUGCUUCAACAUAUUUCAUUCACCAAAUAACAUCUGAGAUUCUACCA